AUGGCAGUGAGGAUUGCGGAUGGCCGUUCCGGUAUCACCGCCGCCCUUGUCAAGCGGCUGGUUGCAAAUCAAUUCCCGCAAUGGAGACACCUGGCCGUAACGCUAGUCGAGGUUGAUGGCUGGGACAAUCGGACUUUUCGCCUGGGUAAAAACAUGUCUGUGCGCCUACCAUCUGGUCCGGGUUAUGUUGCGCCCGUUUCGAAGGAGGCUGAAUGGCUUCCACGAUUAGCCCCCGCCUUGCCCAUCGCCGUGCCAAAAGUCCUGGGCAGGGGGUUGCCAGACGAGGGAUAUCCUUAUCCAUGGUCUGUUCGCGGUUGGAUUGCUGGUGAGACGGCUGAUCGUGGACACAUCGAAAACCUGUCGACUUUUGCUGUUUCCGUCGCGAAAUUCAUCCUCGCUCUACAGCGGUGUGACACGAACGGAGCACCAUUGGCAGGCGCACACAGUUGGUUUCGAGGAUCCUCGCUAAAGACAUAUGAUGAGGAAACCCGCCGAUGUCUUGCUCGACUCAGUGGUCUUAUUGACACCACGGUGGCCGCAGCGGUAUGGGAAGCAGCCCUGUCUACGGAAUGGACCUCACCACCGGUAUGGUUCCACGGAGAUAUUGCGCCUGGAAACUUGUUGGUUCGAAAUGGAAAUCUUGAGGCCGUCAUUGACUUCGGCUGUGCUGGCAUCGGUGAUCCUGCCUGCGACCUUGUGAUUGCGUGGACAAUGUUCUCUGGUGCGAGCAGAAAUGCUUUUCGUGAAGCUGUUGGUCAAGAUUCUAAUACUUGGACCAGGGCGCGAGGUUGGGCCCUCUGGAAGGCUCUCCUGAAUGUCUCAAAUGAUAAAGACGAUUCUUUCCGUAUCACCACAUCUCGUUCCAUCAUACGGGAUAUUCUCAUAGAGUAUGAGGCUACUGCUCGAUAA